AUGAGUGGAGCAGCCUGGUAUAAUUUUCACGAAACAAUUCCUGGAUUCAUUGCCAUUACGAAUAAGUCUGGAUGUGACGAGGCUUUAGACGAACCAAGAGCUGAGUAUUCCGUGAAUAAGAAGAACUGGGUAUGUUCGUGCUUGUUUAUGUCGGCGCGUCUGCUUCCCUGUAGGCAUGUAUUCUACAUUCGGAAAGCACUUUGCAUGGAAGCAGCGAUUCCAACUCUGUUUUUGCCAUCAAGAUGGUUGUUGUCUUCUCUACGUGCUGAAGUACAUAUAGACGAUAUUCCUGGCAAGGCGUUCUCGGUUGGAUUAGUACUUGACGACAAGGAUAAGCCGUGGAAUACAAAUCGAAAAUUUCGCGAGGCCAAGUACGUAGCAAGUGAAAUUACUGAGACCAUGGCUGGUAUGGGCAUGCGUCAGUACCGCACAGCUCUUGACGUACUCAAGGAGGUAGCUCGGCGAUUUAAGCGUGGCGAAAGUGAGGAAACUGCUCGACAGAUAAUAUCUACCGUACUUCCACCCAUGGCAGCUCCGGAGGAUGUGUACGGUGAUGGGUUCGAGUCGACGAUACGUACAACCUUGGGCGUACCUCUGGAAGUGCCGUUGGAAACGCGACGAUUGGAGGACGAGGUGGCAUUUAACGCCGAUAAUGAAGCUGACUAA